AUGUCUUCCGAAUGGGCGGUUGUUGGCAAACAGAAGAAACCUCGAGAGCAGAAGGGUGACAAAAAGUCACAGAAUGCAUCGGCGAGAGCGCCAAAAAUAGAAGAUAGUGCGGCUGAAAUGGAUACAUUUCGUUUGCUGUACGCCGAUCUGAAGGACGAGAUAACGGCUAGACUGAUCGCGCUCAAGGACAGCAAAGAGAAGGCCGCGGCUAGCACAGCGAGUGGCCCACCGUCAAAUGGCCACAAACGUUCGUCUACUACUACUCCUGUGCCAGGACAACAGCAGGCGGCACGUACCAAUAGCAAACCGAAGGAUCCAGAAAAAGGCAACCGGGCCGUUGUUUCAACGAAGCGACUUUUCAAGGAUUUGGAUGCUGCACUCGCAGACAUCGAAGCUGACGAAUUGAAAUCCCAGCUCAUGGCGGUGAACGUACACUUUAAAGACAAUCAUUUGAUGGUGCUGAAAGCGCUGACCAGUUCCCUGAACGACAAGUUGCGCGUCAAGGAGUGUGACCCCGUGUACGGGGGAACAUCGAACACCUAUCCGUACGAUGCCUUGCCGAAGGAUGUACGGAAGGUAAUCGACGACUGCAUUGAGGGGGCGGGCGAGGAGAACGUGAAAUAUUUCUACGACCUUACCUUGUCCAAUCUGGCCAGCGAUAUGAAUGCCUCUUUGCCAUACCAAGGCCACAUGCUGAUACUCCAGGCGAUCGCUAUACACCAUCCACCUGCCUGCGUCAACAAUCUAGCGCGCAACGCCAUUCUCCGCAAUUCGUAUCAGAAUCGCAGCCACAUUGGGCUUAGCUUGCUGUGGGCUCUCGGACAGGGAGGAUACAAGGAUCUGAACGUUGGUUUAAAGGUGUGGCAAGACAUAAUGGUGCCCGUACUUGAUUUGAAAAGCUACAGUGAAUUCGUGUGCUCUUAUGCCAACGGCAUAGUAUCGGGAAACACCUGGCAAAGACUCGACCUAGGAAGUAGCGAGUUCCUUACCAUACUUAGCUCGAUGACGCAGCCGAAGAGAAGCGAUGAUCUGGAAAGUGCCGCCCGCCAGCUGGUAGAGCAGUACGUGAGCGGAUCACCGAAAGCAUCGGCCACAUUCACGGUGCUAUUCAACAAUGUCUCUUUCAUCACGCGCCCGACCAUGAUCCACUACGGGAUGGCGCUGUGCCUGUUGGAGGAUCCCGAGUGUGCAACGGUGUGGUUGAAACUGUACCGGAACCACCUGCAGACAUCGCUAGGGAUAUUGAACUUUUUGCAUGUGUUCGAAGCGCUCUUCUGUGAGGAACACUUUCUACAGUUUCUGGCGAAUGUGGACACCACCAACAAGGAGUUGAAUGUGACGAAAAAGGAAGUGGAAGCGCUAAGAUCAAUCACAACGGUAGUGAAGGAACUACAGCAGCAGGGAGGCAAAUCGAAGAAGAAGCAAUCGUCCAACAAAGGCCACAGUAAAGCCUCCUCCUCCGUGUUGUCCUGCCUCUGCAAGUUUCUCUUCGCCACAUUCCUGCUGUUCGGACUGACCGGUGCCCUGAUAGGGUACGAUACGUACCGAAGUGGCGGCAAGUUCGAGGCCUCGCUGACCGGCCAGACGCUAAAGCAGGCGGGAGUGCUGCCGGCGGUGCAAGAUGGGUGGACCUGCACGCUGAAGUAUAGUGCCCGUGGCUACAAGUGGGCCGAGGCCAACGUUCCGGUCUACUACCAAGCGACGAGCAAGGCUCUUGGACCAUACGUAGAAUUUUCGAUAGAAUUCAGUAAAGUUCUCUGGAAUGGUGCCAAGAAGGGCGUCGCGAACGCCAAGCUGCUGGUCCAACAGAAGCUACCAGUGGUGGCCGAUUUCGUCGAACAGUACGCACCGGGAUUGCCGAAAAAAGUAGGCGACGCUGCCUGCUCGUCCUUGGACGCUCUUUGCACGUUCACCGCCAACGCCUACAAUCACACUGUAGAAUUCUUCAAGACAAAGGUGUUUGUUGGGCAGCUUUCGGUGGAAAAUUUGGGAAAGUGCUUCAACAGUACCCAACAGGCUGCUGUUCAGUACUAUAGAUGGUUCAACGAUCAGGUCGAUUUUUACGCAAAGGUCAAGUAGAGUGGUCAGCGGGUCACGCAUACCGGGGACAAAGCAGCAGCAGGAGCAGCACCAUUACCACAAUCACACCACUACCACCACCAUCAGAAAUCAUGCUUCUCUCCAGCGUUGCGCUGUGUCCAUUGUCCGUGCCCUGAGUGACUUGGUGCUGAAGUAGGUUGAUCCUCACCGGAAGCACAAGGCGGACGCGCAUGGGAGAGAUUUCGAGACUUCGGAGGCCAGAGUGGAAGUGGGAGAAAGAAUUGAUUAAGAAAACGAUACGGAAGACCGAGAAAAGGAUUUGUUUCUAGCAAUAAGCAGAUGAUCGUGGAGAAAAAAAACCCUGUGGAUUAAUAGCAGGAGCUAACCGCAUGGAUCGCAUAUUGACACGGAGCCAGAGCCCCCCAUUACUCAUUCGCGCGUAGAAGCUCAAAGUUACAUUCAAACAGAACAGUGAAUAACAACCGAAGAUGACCGCGGUCAGUAGCCAUCAGGAGUACAGUGUGUUUACGAGAAUUUUUGUGUUUUGAUAAGUCAUUUAGUGAAAAAUAAAAUGAUUAAACAUCUCUCUUACGAAAGACAUAGAAAGAUUGAUGGGCACGGGUGGUGCCGAUCUGUGAACUAUUCCUUUCUUGUAAAAUCGUUUCAGUGUAUAGUUUAGAACAUGAUCAAUCAGGUGCUGCAGAGAAAGGGGCAGAGAUCAUGUUGGUGCGAGGAAAAAUCGGUAUGUUCAAAUAAAUUGCACAUAAAUUGAAGAAAUGAUGAACGAGUAUUCUAUAAGUGAAGCCAAAAUCAUCUUCAGAGCAAACCAUCUUAAACCGCAGCUCCAGAAGGCAUUUCUGAACAGCACAUCUCCGUUAAAGACAGUUUUUCCGACAACAUUUUUAAUUAUUU